UUUAGUAUUUGGUUUGUGUCCUUAGGGGAGCAAAUUAAAUCCCUCCGAUGAGAGGUUCUAAAUUCUAAUAUGCCACUUGGCAGGGAAAUUAACAAAGCAAGUGUAAAAUAGUCAUGCCAGAAAAUGCAGUAGAAUAUUCAGAUAUUUAGGUGGCUUCUAAAUAGAUUCUGAUUAGAACAGAGGGAGUGUGUAGGAUAUAUAUAUAUGUAUAUAUUUCUGCUUUCGAUGAAGAAAUGGGAGGAAAAGUGAAAACAAAAACAAAAAUAAAAGGGAAAAAAAGAAAAAGAAAAAGAAGGAGCCUUCUCUUAUUCCUGGUCUCGAUGGGGUGGGGCUUGGGAAGAUGACCAAACUGCAUUUGGAUUUUGGAAUGGCUUCCUUGAGCGAGUCACGUCUCAGAUUCCUUUUAUCUAAGCACUCAAGGCUUGGCGCAUCACUAAAAGUGAAAGAAAAGCAUCGCUUCGGCCUUGGCAGGCAUGCCUUCACAACAUCAACUAAACCAACCCCAUCUCUUCACAACGGUUCCAGAUGCUUAACUACUUGGCCUUGUGCUAUAACUUGUUUUCUCGUCACCCACCGCCUCCAAAUCCCUCAAUCUACAGUGGAAGUCAAAAAACAAAGAUAAGAUGGUGGAAGUCACGAGCUUCAAACUCUGGAUUUCCCAAAUCAUUAUCCUUCUGGGAUUGCUAGCCUUCGUCAUGUGGCUAAGCAUCCGCCCGAAAAGCCCCGACUACACCAUUACUAAGUUCUCAGUUGAGAACGGCAACAUAGAGUAUGCCUUAGAGAUUGAAAAUCCCAACAAGGAUUCAGACACCUACUUUGACGACUGCAUCUUGACUUUUUACAACAAUCAGGACUCCAUAGCUUCCACAACCAUACCGCGUUUCUCCCAAGAUAAAGGGGAAACAACACCAAAAAUAGGAGUUGUCUAUGUGGAUGCAAAGGUGUGGGAAGCAUUGCACGACCAAAUAUCAAAUCGAAAAGCUCAAUUGCAGGCUGCUUUAGCUUCCAAGAUUCGAUAUCGAACCUGGGGAAUUAAGAGCAGGCGUUACGGAGUGCACCUGAAAGCCCAGUUACCGAUUGGAUCAGACGGCAAGAUUCCAAGCAAGACCAAGAUGCAUAAUGGCCUGUUUCAUAACAUAAAAUGAUGCACAGACAAAAGUUUCUUCAAGCCACU